AUGCCAACUGUAUCAGUGGAGAAACCAUUGAGUGUGAUUCCACCGGAAUUCUGUGCAAAUGCAAAUUGUCCUUUCAGUCCAAAGGAGAUUUCUGUUUUACGAAUCAAGGUUCGCGGUGGUGUGACCAAAGAAGAAAUUCUUGAAGUGAAUUCCGCUUCACGACCAGCUCUUCCGCGUCAACACUCGGCAUCUACAGUAUCCCCAUUGCAAAGUUCCAGUGACGAAUUAAAUAACGAUUCUGGAAUCGACAAUCGAACAGUUGGAUCACCAUCAACGUCGGAAUUCUCGCCGAGAAGUACCGAUCUAUUCGUCUCACCAAAAAGUCUCAUCGACGAAGAACCCCCUCAUCAUCCACCUCCACCUCCUCCAGUCGAAGAAAAGCUAGAUCAAGUACUGAUUCCUCUGAAACUGUCGCGCAGUCAAGACUACGCUCCAAUCUAUCGUAGCCUCGAAAAAGACACCUAUUAUGAUCAGUGCCCAUCUGAAAGUGACAAAGACGAGGAAUUGACGACAAACUCCAGAAGCUACGUGGAAAGCUCUCGUUUACUAGAAAAGAAUCAAUACAUGCCGGUAACAAAUGCUCGUGUUGAGGCCACUUUCAAACAGCCACCACCAAGAGAAGGGGUGAAACCUUUCGUAUCAAGAGCUGCUCAAGAGAACAAUGAUUUCGAAUCGAGAACUGAGAAUAUUGACUUGACGGUGGAGUUGAAUAGAGAACAGAAGGCAACUGUCACAGCUACCAAGUAUCCAAGAAGUGAUUUUAUUAUGGAGGAUCACCACCGACCACAAGCCCAAACGCAUGCUCCUCCACCAAUGAAAUCUUCCUCAACCACCAGAAUCUAUCAUGCUGUUGAUAUUCCAUUUGAUGAAUCUCCAGCAGCUUACUAUCCAAAACAAAACAAUGAUUACCCAAGACAACGGAGAUACAGUGCAAGUUCAAUUUCGAAACAAGAUGGAAUGUUCACUUUGAACGUUGUCAUGGGAUCCCAACCAGUGCACAAAGGAAUGGGAUUCAGCACUUUUAAAAGAGAAAAUCGAGUUAUUGUGGAGAGCGUGAUUGUUGGGUCACCAGCUGAUAAGGCCGGCCUUUUGGUCGGUGACACUAUACUCUCAAUCAACGGAGAAGAUAUGUCAGAUAAAUAUCAAUCUGGAGUGACCAGAAUUCUUCACGAAGCUGCCCGUGUUGGAGAAGCCGAUAUUCUUAUUUUGAGAGCUCCUGCUCCAGCUCCAAUGCUCACAAAACAAAUGUCAACUUCAUCUUCAAACUCGAGUAAUUUCGACAAAGCCCGCUCUGUGUUCACUGAGAACAAAUCGUUUGACUCGUAUGCAGAAUUCAAGAGGAAACAUAGUCGAGCUUCUCGUGACUCCAAUUCAUCCGGAGCAACAAGAUCCUCUAGGGAUUUCAACAGUUUGCCACGUGGAACCACUGCUCAGUCAUCACUUGAUCGUAAAAGAGACACAUCGCUGUCGAGCUACCGUACCGCCAAAGACAACUUUGAUUCGAAUAGAAGCAGUGCAAGAAGCGAGUAUGGAGAUUACAGAGUAACGAGUUACCAAGAAAAGAAUGCGCCUGGUCGUUUGACUGACUUCGUCCCUGAAGUCGAUCGUCGUUUGAGUAGAAGAGAACAAUCGGAAGAGAUUUAUUCAAAAACUCAGAGAGAAGAAGAACCAAGAACCAUUCGAAACUAUCAUCUGAGCAAUGAGAAUAUUGCUCGAACCAAUCUGAACUUUGACGGUCGCCGUGGCUCUGAAGAAGAAUCCACAACGACUACACUAAAACGAUCCACGUUGCCAAGAAGUGGUACAACACAGUGGAAAAACGAGUAUUCUGAUGGAGAAGAAGUUGUUGAAAAGUUACCGGUGACAUCACGAGAUCCAUCACCAUUAAGAAGUGCUCUCAAAAAGUCAUCUCACAACUACUAUCACCAGGAAUCCGAUCCAUCACCACGACCACCACCACCACGAAGAUUCUAUUCAACUGAAUCUCUGAUUCCAAAUCAAAAGACAUCUUAUCAGAGAUAUUCUGAAGAGGAAGACGAAGAAAUAGAGGAGAGCUACACGUCAAUGAGACGCCAUCGCCAACAACAGCCACGGUAUUCCGACGAGUUCCAUACCGUCGGAUCCUAUGGCGUUUUUCCUCAAAGAUCCAGAAGUCAACAACCAACAUCACGUCUUCCAAGAUAUGAUGAUGUGCCUGAUGACGUUGACUUUGACGAUGUCAGUGGAGUCUCACAUCGUUUCUACGAUCGUUCCGGGAACCAUGUUCGGGCUCCGCGAGAGCGCACCUAUGAUAUUCAGAUUCAGAGAGACUACGGUGGUAGUAGAUCGACUCCUCGGGAUUUGGAUUUCGUGAGGAACACGUACAAGUGGGAGGAGCAGCAAGAGGAUACAAAAGUGACUACGACAACCAAGAUUUAUGAAAAAGAAUCUCGUGACUGGCGUGACGUCAUCAACCAACAACGCCAGGCAGCUCCUGGAAAUUCCGUUGAUCGACGAGGAAUUGCUACAACGUCAGCUUCCCUCAGCAAUCUCCCAACCUAUAUCAAUCGCCGAAUGGAGAAGGAACGCGAGAGAGAACGUGAAUAUUUGAGAGACCGAGAGUACAGUAUGCCUCCAGUGGAACCACCAAUUAUCACUGAAAAGUACGAAAGAGAUGAGUACAGUCGAGUCGAGGAGAGAACAUAUCCAGUGCCAGUGGCAAGAAAUAACAUGAGAAGAGAAGAGACGCAGAUGCAAUCUCAGAGCCAGUCUCAGAGCCAAACUUCGCAAAGUCAAUCGCAAAGCCAAUCGCAGGAUGCUGUGGUAGCUGUUAGUGGAAAACAUAGAUGUGCACACUGCAAUGAAGAGCUCGGUCGUGGUGCUGCAAUGAUUGUUGAAAGCCUCAAUCUCUUCUACCAUCUCGCCUGCUUCAAAUGUUAUGUUUGCAAAACUUCUCUUGGAUCCGGAGCUACCGGGGCCGAUGUUCGUGUCCGUGACGGACGCCUCCACUGUCAAACCUGCUACAGUAACGAUCGUGUGCAACUGAGCAAAGUCUAA